GCCAUCUUUCUGUUACACUGACUCAUAUUUAUUUGAUUAUUUAUUGAGAGACCACAAGGUUUUGAUGCUUAGUGAAAAUGGAAAAAGAGGCAACAAAGAUGGUGAAUGGUGGAGUUAAGUCAAAGUCACCUAAGGGCAGUCCUGAUUUCCUCGGAUAUAAUUUGAGAUAUGUCAAGCUUGGAUACAUUUACCUUCUCUCUCUCUCACGUACCUUUUGUUUCUUCCUUCCUCCUCUUCUUCUUCUCUUCAUCUUUGUUUCUCGAUUUCUCCCAAUCUUGGCUUUCCCUUUGUCUACCUUCUUCAUCCUCCUCAUCUAUCAUUAUCUUACUCCUUCCUCUGUUUUUCUUCUCGAUUUCUCCUGUUACCGCCCACCCGAUCAUCUCAAGGUCAUCAUGUCUCUUCCAUCCCCACCUCUCUUCUCUCUUUCUCUGUCUUCUCAUUGUUGUUUUGUGGAUGUAAAUUGUACAGAUCACAAAAAGCGACUUCAUCGAGCUGGCAAUGAAGUCUGGUAACUUCAACGAGACUGCCAUCGAGCUUCAAAGAAAAGUGCUGGACCAAUCAGGGAUAGGAGAGGAGAGCUACAUGCCGAGAGUGGUCUUCAAGCCUGGUCACAGGGUCAAUCUUCGUGAUGGUCGUGAAGAAGCAGCAAUGGUGAUCUUUGGAGCAAUUGAUGAACUUCUUGCAGCGACCAAAAUCAAUGUGAAGCAUAUCAAGAUCCUGGUGCUAAACUGCGGAGUCCUCAACACCACGCCAUCUCUAUCGGCCAUGGUGAUUAACCAUUAUAAGCUGAGGCAUAACACAGAGAGCUACAAUCUUGGUGGUAUGGGGUGUAGCGCCGGAGUCAUAGCCAUUGAUUUAGCCAAAGAUCUUUUAAACGCUCAUCAAGGCUCUUACGCUUUGGUGGUGAGCACUGAGAUAGUAAGCUUCACUUGGUACUCAGGUAAUGACGUCGCGUUGCUUCCACCAAAUUGCUUCUUUCGAAUGGGAGCAGCUGCAGUUAUGCUAUCUAGUCGGCGUAUCGACAGAUGGCGAGCCAAAUACCAACUUAUGCAGCUAGUAAGAACCCAUAAAGGCAUGGAAGACACAAGUUACAAGAGCAUAGAGUUAAGAGAAGACAGAGAUGGGAAACAAGGACUAUAUGUAUCUAGAGAUGUAAUGGAAGUUGGGCGCCAUGCACUGAAAGCAAACAUUGCAACGCUUGGUCGUCUUGAGCCUUCCUUUGAACAUAUAUGCGUAUUAGCAUCGAGUAAGAAAGUACUUGAUGACAUUCAUAAGGAUCUCAAGUUGACAGAAGAGAAUAUGGAGGCAUCAAGACGGACAUUGGAGCGUUUCGGGAACACAUCAAGCAGCAGUAUAUGGUACGAGCUGGCUUACCUAGAACACAAGGCGAAGAUGAAAAGAGGAGAUAGGGUUUGGCAAAUCGGUUUCGGGUCAGGGUUUAAAUGCAAUAGUGUUGUAUGGAAAGCCCUAAAAAACAUUGACCCUCCAAGACAUAACAACCCAUGGAAUCUCUGAGGAUUCAUCAAAGUUAACAAUUGUAUGAUAACAUGAAUAAAAUAACCCACCAAUGCAAAAUCCACAAUUUAUUCAAAUAGUGUGAUUGCAUUUGAAC